AUGGCAGGAGGUAGUUCUGCUACAGCAGGUGACGAAGCGAAGGUGAUAACCAUCUUGAGCAUCGACGGCGGCGGCGUGAGAGGGAUCAUCCCGGCCAUCGUCCUCGCCUUCCUUGAAAAAGAGCUCCAGAAACUGGACGGGCCGGAUGCUAGGAUCGCGGACUACUUCGAUGUCGUCGCCGGCACGAGCACGGGUGGCCUCUUGACGGUGAUGCUUGCGGCGCCGGACAAGGAUGGGCUCCCAAAACUCAAGUACAGCGCCAAGGAUGCCGCCAAGUGGGGCAUCUUGAGCUGGCUCAUCAAGGACGGCUCCGUACCCAUCCUCGACAUGUUCAAUGCCGGCAGCGCCGACAUGGUCGACUUCCACCUCUCCGUCCUCUCCGCCGUCCUCGGCACCUCCCACCAAUACCUGCGCAUCCAGUAUGAUAAACUGAGCGGGAGUGCGGGUUCGAUCGACGACUCCUCCAAAGCCAACUUGGAUAGGUUGGUGAAGAUUGGUGAAGAGCUGCUCAGCGAGAAGGUGUCCGGGGUGGACCUGGAGACCGGCCGGAAUGUGGAGGUGCCCGGCGGGGGCACCAACGCGGAGGAGCUAGCUAAGUAUGCAAAGCAGCUCUCCGACAAGCGGCGCAAACGCCGCAACAAUUAA